AUGCUACCGAACGAUCCCUAUCUCGAUUACGGAUCGAUCAUCUCUCCUUUUUUGGCUUCCGCUCCUCCUACCGCUACCCACUCAUUGCCUCCUCUGUAUCGACACUUAGGAGUCACAGCACUUGAAACUCGUCCUGCCGUGACUCCUUCUCCAUCUUACGAAGUUUUUGUUGUAGUUGAUGGCAGUUUGUCCCCCUCUAUUGUAACAUCUGGUACCAAUCGAUGGACAUUAGAUGUUCAAGGACGUCUUGACUGCUGUUGA